CCUGCCUCCUUUUACCUCUCAUAUCUGAAAUCUGAUUCCCAGAUGGCUCUGCAACUGGCGUGUGGAUACUGGAUAAAGCCAUAGACUCGGUACAAAAUACUGACUUCAAUACACAUAGAGAGGGAUGGAGACAAAGUAGGAAUAGGAUAUAUAGAAAAUUGGGAUUUAGCAAUGGUAGGGUUUUGGCUUUUUGUGCUUUUGUUCAACACCUAGUGAGAAAAGUAAAAGGGAACAUACGACGCAUGAGAAAACAGUAGAACAAGCGGUGCUUGUGCUUCUUCUUAUAAGAGCUACCUAAACCACUCAAAAACCCCCCACAUCUCUCCCUCUUUUUCUCUUGAAAACAUCUUUGGUUCACACUUCAGUCCAUAGGUCUAGUUUAGUGUUUAGGCGCAUGGACACUCAAAGAAGUUCUCUUCUUGGCUGGGCGUACUACUGCCAAGGAAAGACCAUGGAAGAGUUAAAGAAUUCCCUUUUGUUCACAAGUUUGGAGCUUGAGCAAACAAGGCUAGCAGCUCAAGAAGAGCUGAGAAAGAGGGAUGAUCAGUUGAGUUAUCUCAAAGAUCUGCUUAACAAAAUCACAAGUGAGAGGGAUGAGGCAAGGGAAAGAUGCCAAAGACUUCUCCUUGAGAAGCUCUUGCUUCAACAACAGCAGCUGCAGCAGCAGAAUGCUCCUCUCUCUGGGAUUUCCAGCAUUGAAGAUGAACCCAGAAGAGCAAUCGACUCUAACAAUGGCUUCUCAUCAUCAGAUUGUGAAGAGAGCAUUGUUUCAUCUCCAGUUAUUGACCCAAUUUCACAACCACCUCAAUUGCCAUCAGCUGUAGCUUCACAGUCUUUGCCUCAAGCAACAAUUGAGGUGGUGCCUCAAAAGCCCUUACCUGAAAAGGGAAAGCUUUUACAAGCAGUGAUGAAAGCUGGCCCUCUCUUGCAGACUCUUCUUCUAGCUGGACCACUCCCUCAAUGGAGACACCCACCACCACCACUCGAGUGCUUUGAGAUCCCACCUGUCGCAAUACCUUCACCACCUCCACCACCACAGCUCCUCCACCAAGACUCCUUGAUAAACAUUAAUGGUUGCAAUAGGAAGAGGGUACUCUGUGAUGGCUCUGACUCUCCAACAGAGACCAAGCAUCAAAGGAUACUUCUCCACUGACCACUACAACAACUGAGUGAAGAAUUUACACAAUUAUUAAAUAUAUAUUCAUAAAUCAUUUUAGUACCCCUGAAAAUUAGUGAGGAAUGGAAUUUGCAAUGGUAUUGGUGGGUAUGUGACUGAUCUAGCAUUUUGUACAGAAGGUUUAUUUUAGAGAAGCUAUUCCCAGUUGACUAAAGAGGAGAGAGAGUAGAAGGCUUGUCCUUGGCUAUUUUUGUGCCAGUGUCUUGGGGUGGAGAAUUUUGCCUCUUCUUUUUUUGGUUUUUUUUUUUACUCUUCACAUUUUAGUUUUUGCUUCAUGAUGUGAAAGGGAGAUUGGUUUCUCCAAAAUUGCUGUGGCAUGUAAAAUGUAACUUUAGAUGCUUAGUUUUCGAAUCCUAAGCGUGAGAGCAUGAAAGAUAGAAGGAAAUCACAAUCCAGAAAAACUAGAUGAUGGGUGUGAAGUUGUUGGGAUUGGAAGAUUGGUGAGGCCAACAACCAUAAAGUCUCAUAGACCUGCUUGUUGGGAUGAGUGGAUCCCACAAAUUAGAAUCAGGAUCUACUACUGGUGUGAUGUAUGAUUAUAUUACUCCUUUUUGGAGAGGAAGUAUAAUCUUGUGUUUUUCUCUAAA